CAUACAGUUUGCAUAUCGGUAUAUAACGGCCGACUGAUCAUCAGUGUAUUACAGUAGCUCUUCACGAGUCACGGAUCAGAGCAUUUUAAUUUGAAGUAUAUUUUAAUAUAAGCCACAAUCAUGAGACUUAAUUCUAUCAUCCCUAACUUUGAGGCAGAAACAACUCAAGGACCCAUUAAUUUCUAUACUUGGCAAGGAAAUUCAUGGGUUGUUCUAUUUUCCCACCCUGCUGAUUUCACCCCAGUUUGUACCACGGAAUUAGGACGUUUAGCAGUACACCAGCCUCAUUUUGAACGUAGGAACACAAAACUUCUAGCUCAUUCUGUUGAUAAACUGAAGGAUCAUGUUGACUGGGUUAAUGAUAUCAAAUCCUAUUGCCAAGAUAUUUGUGGAGCCUUCCCUUAUCCAAUUAUUGCUGAUCCUGAUAGAAGUUUGGCAGUGAAACUGGAUAUGAUUGAUGAAGGAAGCAAAGAUGAUCCAGAUUCAGCACAAACUGUUCGAGCUCUAUAUAUCAUAAGUCCCGAUCAUCGUGUACGCUUAUCAUUACAUUAUCCAACAUCUACUGGUCGCAAUGUAGAUGAAAUAUUGAGAGUCAUAGACUCUUUGCAACUUGUUGAUAGAAAACCUGGAAUAGCAACUCCCGCUAACUGGGUGCCAGGGGAAAAGGUUAUGAUUCUUCCUACAGUGAAGGAUGAGGAACUUCCUAAACUUUUCCCUAAAGGAGUUGAUAAAGUAACAAUGCCUUCAGGAAAGGUUUAUGUACGCACAACCACAGAUUAUUAAGUGCAUUUACAAGUCAAGUUUCGACUAAAAUGUGUUUAAUGUAAAUUUUAAUAUUAGAAAUGAAAAUGUAAAAAUGAAUCUAUUACUGUUUAAGUUUGAUUACAUGUAUAAUGAACAAAUAUAAGAAUAAAAUUAUGAAAUUGUUAUUAUA